CGCAGACAUCGGGUAGACAGAGCGCUUUCACGGCUUCGUUUUCGAGCGCCUGCACGGUUACCGGUAUCUUGAAACAAUAUGAAAUGCGCUAAACUACAUCUUCAAGACAGAUCUAAGAUAAAGACAAACAAGACGAAUAAUGAGAAGCCUAGGAGAUUCUGUCAGAAACGUAUGGUUAAUCCGGAACACGAAGAAGACCCUCGUUGGACUGAUGUUUAUGAAAGAUUCUAUUGUAAUGAUCACGAGAACUGUGAUUUAAAUGAAACAAAUGACAGCGUAGGAACUCACCAAAACCGGGAGGAUUUGUUCCUUACAGUCCAAAACUUACAGUUUCAAGGGGAUGUCGAUCAAAGUAGGAGAUCUAGAACUUACUUUAAAUACAAAAAAUUACCCGACAGCCAAAAGCAUCGAAUGUUUAUAAAACAAAUUAUUGAUGAUUCAUAUCAAACUGAUGUGGCGCGGUCUUCAAUUCUCAGCGAUUACGCCGAGAACUACACGAAAUAUUUUUCGAAUAACGACCAAUCAAGACCGUCAUCUAGUAAAUCUAGUAUUAUUUUGUACUACUCAAAUAACAAAUGUAAAGAAAAUAAAUCGACGCAAGUUGACUUGAGAAAUGGUCAACAGAAGAAAAAAAUAAAAUUUGAGAAGGUAAAAAAUUUUAAAAAGCGUGUCGUCAAAUCAGCUGCUAAUGAAGAUCUUAAGCACACACAAUGUGAAAAUAACGAUGAUGAUACAAAAAUCGUAUAUCACAGAUGUGGAAAAAGAAAAAGUCUUACAAUUUCAAGGGCAGAAAGUCCGGCUACAGUUCAGGUUAUUCGAGUGGAUGUUGUCUGUAAUUACAGUUGUAGCUCUACAAUGUCUGAUUACGAUGAAAGUAAAAAAGAACAUAGCACUCUUGACACAGAACAGGACGAUAAGGAAACUGAAAUAGUGAAAUCAAAAAGAUCUCAUUUACCUAAAAAAUAUGUUUUAACUAAUACCAUCAAAACCUUAGACGAGACUGUUACAGGCGGAAAAGUCACAUUGUUGUGUAAGACCUUUAAACUGGCUGAUCGCACAAAAACAUCCUUGGACAGAAAACCGAACGAUUCAUUUACUACUGUAAGACCAAAUACGAGUAAAGUAAUUAAAAAGUAA